GGCGCUUGAUGGCAUUGCAAUGGGGAAGGAAGGAAGGAAGGAGCGGGAGCUGGAGCUGGCUGGGAGCACUGCUCUGUCUCACUGCACUGUCUGUGUGUAAGUCAGUAACGGAAGGAACGGAGGGACUAAUUUCUUCCGGUGUAUAGAGAGAGAGAGAGAGAGAAAGUCAGUGUGUGUCAGUCCGGGACCAUUGCACACACACACAGAUCCAGAUCCAGCCAGAGAGCUGCGACAGGGGCCUGGAGACCCAGCAAGGAUCUCUCCAUCCACCCACAUGUGGACCUGCUGCUUAUUGUCCCUGAGCAGCAUGUAAUGGGUGUGUGAGUGACAGACAGACGGAGACCGAGAGGGAGGUAACAUUCUGGUACAUUACGGCUUUAAAGCACCAAACUACACCCCUGGACUCCCGAACCGAUGGGCAUUGGCAAGAAUACAGCACCCAAGGGCACCAUGGAGUCAGCCAACUCUUGCGAGGACAAGUAUGAGGAAGAGAAACACUCCACAACUUUCUUCCCAAUGCCGGUGGUGAUCAAUGGAGCUGCUGUGGUUGCUGGUGAGCAGGACACAGAGGUGACUGAGCUGAUGGCUGUCUAUGCCAGACAGAACACUGUCGCUGACAAGUCCUCCUUAUCGGAUAGCUCGGACAGCCAUGCUUGUAGUGAGGCACAGAGACUGGACAUGAUCUACACUAUUGAAGAUGUCCCACCUUGGUAUCUCUGUAUAUUCUUGGGUUUACAGCACUACCUGACCUGUUUCAGUGGGACCAUUGCUGUUCCCUUCCUGUUGGUUGAUGCCAUGUGUGUUGGCUUUGACCAGUGGGCCACCAGUCAACUGAUUGGGACCAUCUUCUUCUGUGUGGGAUUGACAACGCUGCUUCAGAGUACCCUGGGCUGCAGGCUGCCCUUAUUUCAGGCCAGUGCCUUUGCGUUCCUUGCUCCUGCUCGAGCCAUUCUGUCCCUGGAGAAAUGGAAAUGUAAUAACUCAGAUGUAACCUUUAGGAAUAGCUCUGAAGUGAUGGACACUUCGCAUAUUUGGCAUCCCAGGAUCCGAGAGAUCCAAGGCGCCAUCAUCAUGUCCUCGCUGGUGGAGGUGCUGAUCGGGUUGCUGGGUCUGCCUGGCAUUCUGCUGAACUACAUCGGACCUUUGACCAUCACCCCAACAGUGGCUCUGAUUGGCCUGUCCGGCUACCAGGCAGCUGGCGAGCGAGCUGGGCAGCACUGGGGCAUUGCCAUGCUGACCAUCUUCUUGGUGCUGUUUUUCUCUCAGUACGCUCGCAAUGUGAAACUUCCCCUUCCGGUUUAUAAAUACAAGAAAGGUUGGACUGCCUACAAGCUGCAGCUCUUUAAGAUGUUCCCGAUUAUCUUGGCCAUCCUGGUCUCGUGGUUCCUGUGCUUUAUCUUCACCGUGACGGAUGUUUUCCCACCGGACAGUGGUCAGUAUGGAUACUACGCUCGGACUGAUGCUCGGAAAGGUGUCCUCUCUGUCGCUCCGUGGUUCAAAGUUCCUUACCCCUGUCAGUGGGGUUUGCCCACAGUCUCGGCCGCGGGGGUAAUUGGCAUGCUGAGUGCUGUUGUUGCUAGCAUCAUUGAAUCCAUCGGUGAUUACUAUGCCUGUGCCCGGUUAUCCUGUGCCCCACCUCCGCCAGUCCAUGCCAUUAACAGGGGCAUCAUGGUGGAAGGCUUGUCCUGUGUCCUGGAUGGACUGUUUGGAACGGGAAAUGGCUCCACAUCAUCCAGCCCCAACAUCGGGGUGUUGGGAAUCACCAAGGUGGGGAGCAGGAGGGUGAUCCAGUAUGGAGCUGCAAUGAUGGUGCUCCUGGGGACAAUCGGCAAGUUUAGUGCACUGUUUGCCUCCUUGCCAGACCCUGUGCUCGGAGCAUUGUUCUGCACUUUAUUCGGGAUGAUCACUGCUGUCGGACUGUCCAACCUUCAGUUUGUUGACUUGAACUCCUCUCGGAAUCUCUUUGUGUUGGGAUUUUCCAUCUUUUUUGGGUUAAUGCUGCCGAGUUACCUCAAGCAGAACCCCCUCGUGACAGGUAUUUCUGAAAUUGACCAAGUCCUGAACGUGUUAUUGACAACAGCAAUGUUUGUUGGAGGCUGUGUUGCAUUUCUAUUGGACAAUACCAUCCCAGGCACCAUUGAAGAGAGAGGGCUUCGCAAAUGGAAGGCUGGUGUGUUGACGUCCAAGUCUUUGGACAGUAAAGAGACUUAUAACCUGCCGUGUGGUAUGGGAUUAGUGAAGAGGUACAAGGUAUUCACUUACCUGCCUAUCAGUCCCACCUUUACAGGCUACAGUUGGCAGAUGUGCCAGGAGACUGGCAGUUUGAUGAGUCGGCCUGACCAUGCUGAAGCAUCAGUAUAGCAUGGAGCUAGCCACCCUGUGCCUUCUGAGGCUCAGAGUCCAUUCCAGUGUUCUGUUUGUGGCUCCCACCGCGGGGAAGGUCAACAGGGUGGUGUUUAGUUGGGGGUGGUGGUGGGGGUGAAGUUCUGUGUGUGUGGUUGUGUGUGCGUCCCUGUCUCUUUCCUCUUUCCCCACCCGACAAUCGGAACCCCUCUGUCCAAAGCUUACGACAAAUCUGCAGCAGCUGAUGAUCUGGAUCACGUGUCAGGGGUGGUUACUGAGCUCUCACUCCAAACCCCCUCCCUCCCGGGAUGAGCAGUCUGAGGCCCCAUUGCUGGCAUUGGGACAGCACUGCAUGCUGUGGUCCAUCUGCCAACGCCUCACCCUCACCAGCCCUACACCCCCUCCCCUUCACCCUACUAUCACAAUCAGGGCAUUACUCUCCCUUUGAUAGCACAGCACAGCAGGAGAGGGUGGGACAGGUGACUCCUUCCAGGGAUGCAGGAUCCUGUGUGUGUGUAUGGAUGUGUGUGUGAGAGAGAGAGAAAGAGAGAGAGACCAUUUCUGUAUGUGUGUGUCCAUCCCAGGGUGUGUUCCAAGGCCAUUCAGCUCAAACCUGCUAGUUCCCCUGAACUCUGGGUGGACUUGGAAUGUGGCUGACUGAUGCUCAGAGAUGCUGGGGGCUUAUUCAGCUGGAUCCCUCAUUUCCUGUGUCUCCGUUGUUUUUAUAACAAGAGGAAUACAAUCCCUCCCACCCCUGCACCCUCCAGCCCAUCUUCAUCUCCUCGUCAAAGCAGGAAGCUGAGGUGCUGAGCACCACCAAUCAAGGGGUAAUUCAGCACCCUCCCCUUCCCUCCCAAGCCCAAACGCUGGCCUACUCAGUAGCAGGAUCUCCUGCUCUUACCUGGUGAAUUCCUCCAACCCCCAAGGAAUCUGCUUUCCCUCGGUUAUCCGAGGCAGCAGGGUACAAAGGUGCUGCCUCUCAUCACCACCACACCACCGGCUGGCCCAGCAUUUAUUACCCGUCCUUAGUUGCCCCUUGAGAAGGUGGGAGUUAGUUGCCUUCUUGAACUGCAG